CUUUUCUUUUCUACACAAGUUAAAACAUUAUUUCAACAAUGCGCGCCUCUACUUUAUGUUUCAUUGCUCUUGCCUGUUUGAUGACUCAAUUCACUCAAGCCUUACCUGUCAACUCGAAGAGAGAAAUAGAAGUUGGUUCUGCUAAUACCAAAAAUGGUCUCGAUUCUUCCUCUGCUGCUGGUACUGGCAUUGAAGCCCCCGGGUCGGAUGCUAAAGCUCUCGCUGCUACUGCUGCCUCAAAGGAUAAAGCUAUUGCUGUUGCUGCUGCUGAUUCCAAUGGUACCGGGCCUGAAUUUGCCCAAAGUAAGGCAGUUGAUAAACAUAUUGGACCCGUUGAUCUCGCUGCUGCUGCUGCUCUUGCUGGUGCCGCAGACAAUAAGAAGCCUGGUGCCGCUGUUGUUGGCGCUCUUGCCGGUGGUGCUGGUGUCGAUGGUAUUGUUACUGUUACCGGUGCCGCUACAAACGGUAAAACUGUUGGACAAGGUGGUGCUGGGGAAGGUCUUGGUGGUGCAGGAUCUGCUACUGUCGCUAAUCUGGGUACACUUGCAAUUGCCAAGUCUGGCGACAUUGAAUAUACUCGCCCAGGAGCUAAUUCUUCUAUUUAAGCUUUUUUCAUGCUAAAAGACAAAAAGAUAAUUAUAAUAAUCUGGCAUUGCCGGAUAGAGAUAUAUUGUAUUUGGAAUAAUUUAAUCCAAUAAUAAAUAAAAACCC